AUGACGAUCCCUGAUUCGUUCAGUUUACUUAGAGGUACUUCGUGGUUUACAUUUCUGGAAGCCGACGAAUCAGACAAUGCCGUUUUCUGCGAUGGGCGAGCUGAUACUACUUCGUCAUUGAACCCUUAUGCGGACUCAAACACAUGGUUCGCGCUAGGACUCAUUCACGACGAUGAGGAGCCCGACCUCUAUGAGUUUCAAAGGAAUGUUCGUGCAUCAUUCGACAUUCGGUGCCACACUCAUGAAUGGAACCUUGGGGUUCCACUAGGGGAUGACGAAGAGAUGGACGACGUUCAGGCCUGGAUCGAAUCUUUGGCAUUUAUGGAAGGCGGAGAGAUCGGCAUAUUCCCUCUUGCUCGCUAUCCAGGCUGGACAAAUCUGGUCUGGAGAAUGGAAGUGGAGGUUUACUCUCACCUGACGGACGAGGACGACAGCGACGACAAAGACGAAACUACCCAUCAAGCAUCGGCGCAUUCAACCUCGGUGGUGAAACUUGAGCUGGAAGAAACGGUGCAUAUCCUUCGACAAUUGAACGAUCUUGCCAACCAACUUGCCGAUUUGCAAAUCGGGGAUCCAGAAAUAAUGAGCAAUAGCCUCAUUCCGAGGGUCUCAGCGAUUCCUGGCGGAUUUCAUCCAAUGCAACUCCGCAAGCUGGACAUGGUCGCGAAGGAACUCGGCACGAGGGCCAAGGCUACCUCAAACAUUACGGACCUUGACAACGCGAUCUUCGUUGAGAAGCAGGCUCUCACCGGAAUGACUCGAUCAUGGGGCCAGGCGUUUUUGAAACGGACUCCGACUAUUCACGAAAUUCUUCACAUGAUCGGCUCGGGCUUAUUCACAAAGUUUGAAAAAAGCAAAAAGCUUGACGACUUGGACGAGGCUAUCGCAGUUGCAAGAAUGGCCCUUGAGGCGACGCCAUUGCACCACCCGAAAAGGAUAGAAAAUCUCAAGAACAUAGGACUUGGUUUGAGGCACAGAUUCAGCCUUACCCAGGAAAUUGCGGACAAUGAUGCCACAAUUUCGCACAGCCGAGACGCUUUGGAGAAUACACCGACUGGGCCGGAUCGAGAGCUCUUCUUACAGCACCUGGCGCAAGGGCUCGAAGUCAGAUUUCUACUCGUUGGAGCUGUGGCGGAUUUGGAGAAAGCCAUGGGCUUUACAAAGGAACUCAUCUCGAUUUUGGGAGAGAAUAACCCUCGAAACGUUCGGAGACUGAAUGUCCUCGGAAGUAUGUACGGAUUGAAAUUCGGGAGAACCCAAGCUCUUGAAGAUAUUGAGAGCGGCAUACGUGUAGGAAGAUUGAUGGUCAAACUGACGCCAUAUAACGACAAAUAUCUGGCAGACAGGCUACUCAACCUUGCAACGAACCUGAACCAUCGAGCCAGAUCAACAAAGGAUGCCCGGGAUCUUGAUGAAGCCAUCAGUCUUGGGCAAGAAGCCCUCGUCAUCUCUUCUACUGAUCACGAGAAUCGAUGCGCGCAACUGAACAAGGUUGGAAAUCUUCUUGGGGAACGAUUUCUCAUUACAGACAAUUUGGCAGAUCUGGAUCAAUGCAUCGAAUAUCUCAGUGAUUGCAUUGAGGCUGCCCCAGCCGUGGAUCAAGGGAGGUUAAGUACAUGGCGGCUUAACCUGGGCGCACGACUUGACCUCCGAUUCUCCAAAACAAGUCAAGAAGCCGACCGAGAUCAGGCAAGAUCUUGCCCACGUACGGUCUUGGGUUCUGAGCAAGCAGAUAUUACCACGCGGGUAUACGCCGCUUACCAUCUUCUACCAAAAGGAUACAUGGACCAAGAUAAACAUGAGGCAUACUUAGACGCCAAGACUGCGGUGGACCUCAUUCCCAUUUCGGCGCCUUUGUCUCUCCAGCCUGAAGAUAAGCAAUUCUUCUUGACGCGUGUUGUAGGAUUUGCAUCCGAGGCCGCAGCAAUCGCACUCAAUGACAAUCAGAGUCCCGUCACUGCCAUCGAACUUCUUGAAACCGGUCGUGGAGUUCUAGCUAGCUUCUUCCACGAUAGGCGCACUGAUCUUUCCUUGUUUGAGGACAGGCAUCCCCAACUAGCCCGUUCUUUUAUCGAGCUCCGAGCCGAGUUAGACAAACCAACAUACCGUGACGUGUUUGGAGAACUGGAAUCGUUUGAUGAUCCGUCAAGCCAGCUCAAGAUUCCGGACACCGAUAAACGUCACAAGGCGAGCACAGAAAUGACGGUGCUUUUGGACAACAUCCGCACGCAACCGGGCUUCGACAGGUUUCUGUGUUCUGCGAUUGGAAGACAGAUGCAAGAUGCUGCAGAGGAGGGCCCAAUCAUCAUCAUCAACAUCAGCUCCCGACGGUGCGAUGCUCUGAUUAUAGAGCAGUCUUGGAUACACGUCUUGGGACUGCCGAAACUCACCAAAGUUGACGUUUUAAGACGCGCAGAUGACGUCCGAUCGUUCAAAACACUCAUGUGGCUUUGGGACUCAGUGGUCGGCCCAGUACUGGACAGUAUGGGCUUCUCAAAGCAGUGCAUCGACAAAAAUUGGCUACAUGUCAUAUGGAUCCCUACCGGGCCUCUCCUCCGGUUUCCGUUGCAUGCUGCUGGAUACCACCUGGCUCCAGGCCACAAGACCGCCAUGGAUAGGGUUAUAUCCUCAUACAGUUCGUCUGUGAAGGCUGUUGUGAUAUCUCGUCAACAGCACUGUCAUGAAUCCGGAUCGGAUGUCGUAUUGAUUGGAAUGGGAGAAACCCCCGGGCUACCACACUCAAGCCUUCGCUACGCAACAGCCGAGACUGAAGCGGUUCGUGGUGUUUUCAACUCGACCUCGCUGAAGUGCGUGCAACCCACUUCUAUUAAAAAAGACGUCUUAGCAGCUUUGGAGACCUGCCGCAUCUUCCACUUUGCAGGCCACGGAGAGUUGAAUCGGCUUGACCCGCUCAAGAGCCACAUUCUGCUAGAUGAUUGGAUGACGCAACCUUUAACCACUGCAAGUCUCAUGGAGAAGAAUCUUGCAUCUAGCCCACCAUUCCUAGCCUACCUGUCGGCAUGCAAGACAAGCGAAAACUCCAACCAGGAUCUCGUGGACGAAAACAUUCAUCUGACAAGUGCAUUCCAGCUGUCAGGCUUUCGACAUGUGGUUGGGACUCUGUGGGAGGUCGACGAUGAAUUGUCUUCAGAAAUGGCGAGAUUGACGUACGAGUUUCUGAUCACGAAAGGGAUAUCAGACGCAUCCGUAAGCGGUGGCUUGCAUUUCGCUACGAAAGAGCUUCGAGACAUCUGGGCGGCGUCCGUAAUUGCGGACUUGAAGCAGAGGGAGAAGGCAGACAAAGUCAGAGACGCCAUGCAUGAUGACGAACAGGAAGGAGAUACGUCGCAUCACGGAGAGGAUCUUAGGUCCAUGAGAGAUAUCAGAAGAACCGAAAUCAUCUUACCGCUCUGGGUGCCACACAUUCAUUACGGCCCUUAG